AGACCCCUCCACCACAAAAAACAAAGAAGGUAACCUAGCUAUUACAAUUUAAUACGACAUUUCCAAAUUCCAACCACUCAUCAUUAUAGCAACCAACGGUACUGUCGGUUUCUUUCCAAAAUCUGCUCGAGUAAUUACAGGUGUAGGUGUAGACGUUCGAUCCAUGAAAAGCGAAGGUGACGGUUCACUUCCGGAAGAUAUCAGAAUUAAGGACGGUACAGCGCCAUAAAAUUGGAGAAACAAUACGAACAGGAACAUUGUAGUUGUACCCGCAGUGGUAGCUCACCAAGUGUUUGAUGUUUUGUAUUCAAAACAACUGGGACCCCCAUCCAAGGGAGCGAUAGAACUAUAUAAUCAACGGGACGAAUUGGCACGAUCCUUAUUGUUUUAUAUUUUGCAGGCCGUAGGAAGUAGUUGUUUAGCAGUUGAGGUACCUCUGGGGUGUGGGCCGGUUGAUAUCAUAAAACCCUAAGCCGGGUGAUAUCUGCUCUGCCGGGAGUGGUUUUCCGGUGUUUUUCCCUCUUUCCCAAACAAACAGUUUAGGGUGCAAUUUUAUCGUCUUCAACUUUCUUCAUCUUCUGGUACUCUUGCUGAAUCAACUAGCAAUUCUGGGAAUGGCAUCGAGGGAAAUUUUUGCCGGGAUAUUUCUUUUGGUGGCUCUUUACUGCGGAGUAGACCCCUUCAAGCAUAGUGCCAUCUCCGGUUUCCCAGAGUUCGAAGCUCACAAAGUGGAUUUGCCUCCGUACUCGGAGAUUCCUGCCGAGAGAGACAGAGAAAACCUGCUGCAAAAAUCAGAUAUUUGGUCUUUCAACCAGGUUCAAGCGCCUGAAAGCGUGGUGUUCGAUUCUCUAGGUCGAGGGCCAUACACAGGAACCGCCGAUGGUCGGAUUGUUUUAUGGAACGGCGAAUCGUGGACUGAUUUUGCUUUUACUUCCCCGAACAGGUCAGACUUGUGUAACCCGAAGCCGUCCAUCUUUAAUUACUUGAACGAUGAGCACAUCUGUGGCCGCCCGUUGGGGCUUCGAUUUGACAAGAGAACGGGAGAUUUAUACAUUGCCGAUGCAUAUUUUGGAUUGAUGAAGGUCGGCCCAGAAGGUGGGCAGGCAACACUACUGGCCACAGAAGUCGAAGGGAUUCCGUUUGGCUUCACUAACGAUUUGGAUAUUGAUGAUGAAGGGAAUGUUUAUUUUACGGAUAGCAGCACCAAAUACCAGAGGAGGAACUUUUUGUUGCUAGUUUUCUCCGGUGAGCCUGAUGGGAGGCUGUUGAAGUACAACCCAGUUACAAAAGAAACGACUGUUCUUGUUCGGAAUCUCCAAUUCCCAAAUGGGGUCUCCUUGAGCAAGGAUAAGUCCUUCCUUGUUUUCUGUCACGGACACCCUGGCAAAUUAAUGAGAUAUUGGUUGAAAGGUGACAAGGCAGGGACGACGGAUGCAUUUGCCAUCCUACCUGGAUUUCCAGACAAUGUGAGAAGCAACGACAAUGGUGAAUUCUGGGUAGCAAUUCACAGUCGUCGGACUAUGUAUGGCUAUGUAAAUGGUCUUUACCCCAAGCUGAGGAAAUUUUUUCUCAACCUACCGAUUUCAGCCAAGCUUCAGUAUCUGCUGACAGUUGGAGGCAGGCCUCAUGCUAUGGUUAUCAAGUACAGCUUCGAGGGGAAAGUCCUGCUGGUGUUGGAGGACAGUCAAGGGAAGCUAGUUAAAGCAGUGAGUGGUGUGGAGGAAAAAGAUGGGAAGCUAUGGAUAGGGAGCAUAUUGAUGCCUUUUAUUGCAGUUUACCAUCUCAAAUGAGGUGUCCAGACUCCAGAUUUCAGAAAAGGCAAAAGAAACAAGAAGAAUGAUCGUAGGGUUGAAAAUUAGUUGGUGGUCGAUCGUAAAGGUAUUGACAACUGAUCGGUUGGUUGAUAUCAAAGCCGUCCGCAACGAUUUUACUAAAAAAUAAUAAAAACAACUGAAAAUAAUUGAGAGGAAAAGGGGGAGAUAAAGACGCCGCUUGAAAGCUGCAUGCAAUCUCUCCUGCUUCGUUUCAUUUCAUUUUAUUUAUAUUACUUAUUUACAGUGGAAAAAUAAAGAGAAAAGAAAAAGACUAUUUCACA